AUUCCUCAUAUUGAUCUCAUACAUUCCAAGAGAAGUAACCCAUGAUGGCAUAUCUCAAAUCAUGUAUUGUUUUGUCGAUUUUGUUAUGUUUUUUGAUGGGUUUUUCUCAUGGAAUUCAUCUUGAUAAAAGUACGAUCCUGGCGCUUUUAGCUAGUGGUGUUGGUAGUGGUAGUGUUUCUGCAAUGCCAUGCGUGCAAAAACUAAUGCCAUGUCAACCAGCAUUUGCAGCACACAUGAAAACUCCUCCAGCAACAUGCUGUACGCCAUUGAAAGAAAUGAUAUCAAAUGAUGCACAAUGCCUUUGCACUGUUUUUGCCAAUUCUGAUGUAAUGAAAAGUAUGAAUGUAACUCAAGAUGAAGCGUUGAGUUUUGCAAAAGCUUGUGGUGCUAAACCUGAUCUUUCCCUUUGCAAAAAAGCCCAUGGUGAAGCUUCAGCUCCAUCUCCCAAUACUUCACAAACUAACGAUUCGAGUUCCACUAACAACACUGCAAGUCCACCACCAGCAAACACAGCUAGUGUAACAUCCAAAUUUGGAGGAUUUGUUGCUGUUGCAUCUCUUAUGAGUUUAGUGAUAUAAUGUUGUUAGCAUUUUUAAGGAUUAAUCAUUACUUUGCUUAAUAGGCAAAUACAAUAUCUCGAUUAUUUCAAAUUUUUUUAGUUUACAUCACCAAAUUUAUUUUUUCUCUAAGUAUUAAUGCUGAGAUGUGUGAUGUUUAGUAGUAA